AUGCUUCCAGCUUCCCAGGUGGGCGACGCUGGCUUCCCCUUCCCGGAGGGCCUGCUUGCCCUUGAGCCGACAUCGCUGGCCGUCCUCAUGGGCUCCGACCUCUGGAGCCUCCUCCUGCCCACCGUCAUCCACCUUCUAGACCCAGCUGCGGGGCAGGGAAUGGUGGCCAGGAAGGAUCUGACCCUCUGGCCGGCACGCCCCCGGCAGCGGCGUCGGCGCCGGCUGUCCUACCGCAGCGUGCACUUCCCCAACGAUGUCCUGUUCUUGGACCACAUCCGCCAGGGCGACCUGGAGCAGGUGGGCCGCUUCAUCCGGACUCGCAAAGUCUCCCUGGACACCAUCCACCCUUCAGGCCUGGCCGCCCUGCACGAGGCCGUGCUCUCGGGCAGCCUGGAGUGUGUGAAGCUGCUGGUCAAACACGGGGCUGACAUCCACCAGCGCGACGAGGCGGGCUGGACCGCCCUGCACAUGGCCUGCAGCGACGGCUACCCCGACAUCGCCAGGUACCUCAUCUCCCUGGGGGCGGACAGAGACGCGGCCAACGACGACGGCGACCUGCCCUCCGACCUCAUCGCCCCCGACUUCAAGGAGCUGGUGGAGCUCUUCCAAGGGACCAGGGUGGCCUGAGCCGGCCCCCCGCUGGCCAGGGCCCUCCUCGGCGCGCCCCGCCACAC